AUGUGGAUCGUGGUCAUGAUUGCCGGAGGUAGCGCGAACCCGUUCAAACAUUUGUGGCCCUUCAAGCGAGAGCUGACUGUCAAAACGAGCCUCGGCGAGGUUCGGGGUGCCCUGUUGCAAGUCCUGAACAAGACCAUUCGUGUCUUCUACGGCAUACCCUUCGCAACAGCCCCGAACCGCUUCGCGACGGCCGUGCCCCACUCACCCUGGCGGGGAGUCCGGGACGCACAAAACCCCCUGCCUAAUCGAUGCCCUCAACCGGCGCACACCCACUACUUCGACGUGCCCGUCAAUUCGUCGACUCAAGAGGACUGUCUAUUCAUCGAUAUCUACGCUCCCGACUCCGUACCCGACGCCCCCCGAAGGCCCGUCGUCUUGAUUCUUCACGGCGGCGCUUUCCAGACGGGAUCAAACAGAGACCCCCUUUACGACGGGAAAUUCCUGGCGGCCGUCGGAGAGGUGAUUGUCGCUGUUCCGAACUACCGAUUGAACGCGUUCGGCUUCUUCCAGACAUCCCUUGAUACGUCGCCGGGAAACCAGGGGCUCUGGGACCAGCACCUGGCGAUUAAGUGGGUUCACACGAACGCCCCCGUCUUCGGCGGAAGGCGAAGCCUGGUGACCCUCUUGGGUGUGGACAGUGGAGCCAUCAGCGCCGGACUGCACCUCUUGUCCCCGGUGAGCCGAGAGCUGUUCAGCAGGGUCAUCAUGCAAGGCGGCAGCCCUUUUUACAUGGGCGAGUUCGCCCCUUACGUCGAUGACGCCGAACUGGACACGUUUGCCAAGAGUGUCUGCUCCAAUAGGUCUCGAGAAGGCCCAGAGGACGAGAAGUACACGCUCGAAUGUCUCCGAAAUGCGUCCGUAUCCGAGCUGCUCGACAACCUCGACCCCUUCGACGGAGUCAACAAAAAAUCCUUCGGUCCGUACUAUGGAGAGAAGGGCGAAGGCCGUUUCACUCGUCAGCUCCAACACGCCAUACACAAUCGUCCCGCGAACGCCAUGAGAGGCAAAGACCUCCUGAUCGGGUAUACGUCCAACGAGGGCGAGUACUUUAUGAGGCUACUGUCUGUCGCCUGGUCCGUCUCGUCCGUGAACCGCUUUCCGAGGGCUUUGGUGAGAAUAUUUCUGGAGCGCCUUUGCCUCCAGUUCUACUCGAGACCCAAGCUGCUUCCGCUACUGGACUUCUAUUUCGGCCGCAAGAACGCCUCUUCCAACGUGGACUGCUUCCUCGAAGCGUGCCACUUCCUCGGCGACGUCUACGUCAAGUGUCCGGUCGGCAUGAUGGCCGACCACGUGUCGGCGAGCGGGGGACGCGUCUUCGUCUACGAGCUGGACCUGGAAACGGAGUCCGUGGCGCCGGCGGCAGGGUUCUCGCGGGGCGCCCCUCACUACGCCGAUGCCCUGCUUAGCCUCGGUCACGUGUACCACUGGAAUUCGACGACUCCGUCCACUGCUCUCAACCUGAGCGCCGAACUCAUGCGCCGUUGGGCGGCUUUUGCCAGCACCGGGUACGAAGCUUCCGCUCCUUUUCGCGGUUUCCGCUUGUCACCGUUUUGUAAAGAAAGAAAUCUCGGUGAAUAG